CAUUGAUGAAAGGUGUGUUUUCCAUUAUAUUCCAUUGUAACUGAGCGCGAAAUUUGUCUUUUCGAUCGAAAUUUUAAUUUCGCACGUAUUAUAAGAAAUCGUGCCAAUUUCAAAAAUAUUAACGUUUACAAGUGUAUGAAAGUCAAAGUUUAACAUGGAAGACUUUCAAAAAAUAGAAAAGAUUGGAGAAGGUACAUAUGGUGUGGUGUAUAAGGGGCGCAACCGAGUAACAGGUCAAAUAGUUGCCAUGAAAAAGAUUCGUCUAGAGUCUGACGAUGAGGGAAUCCCAUCGACGGCAAUAAGGGAAAUAUCCUUAUUGAAAGAACUGAAGCAUCCGAACAUUGUUUGUUUGGAAGAUGUGCUGAUGGAGGAGAAUAGAUUGUAUUUGAUUUUUGAAUUCUUAUCUAUGGAUUUAAAGAAAUAUAUGGAUUCGUUGCCACCAGAAAAGCCAAUGGAAACUGAGUUGGUUCGAAGUUAUUUGUAUCAAAUAACAAACGCAAUUUUAUUUUGUCACCGUCGCAGAGUUCUGCACAGAGAUUUAAAGCCACAAAAUUUGCUAAUUGAUAAAAAAGGUGUUAUUAAGGUUGCGGACUUUGGACUUGGUAGAUCAUUUGGAAUACCAGUACGUAUUUACACUCAUGAAAUCGUAACACUUUGGUACAGAGCACCAGAAGUGUUACUGGGUUCACAACGUUAUUCAUGCCCAGUGGACAUAUGGUCAAUUGGAUGCAUAUUCGCCGAAAUGGCUACAAGGAAACCACUUUUCCAAGGCGACUCGGAAAUCGACCAACUUUUUAGAAUCUUCAGAAUUUUAAAGACGCCUACAGAGGAGACAUGGCCAGGAGUAACUUCGCUUCCGGAUUACAAAAACACAUUUCCAUGUUGGUCAACAAAUCAACUUACCAACCAAUUGAAAAAUCUAAAUGAUCGAGGUGUUGAUUUAAUUCAAAAAAUGCUUAUUUACGAUCCCGUGCAUCGCAUCUCUGCAAAAGAUAUACUUGAACAUCCAUAUUUCGACGGAUUUAAAAUGAAAUUUAUAAAUAAUGAUAAUGAAAAAUAAGACACCUUUAUUAAAACAUUAACAAUAUUAUUUUAUUUUACAUAUAUUAAUGUGUUUAUUCCAAUAUAAAUAAUUACGAAAAUAA